AUGAAGAACACAUUCGUUGUCUCUGCCCUUUUGGCAUCGGCAGUCUCUGCACACAUGCAGAUGAGCAACCCCUAUCCUCUCCGAAGCCCGCUCAAUCCCAAUGGAGACGAAGGCAAGAAAGACUACUCUUACACAAACCCACUGUCGUCAUCAGGAUCCGAUUAUCCUUGCAAGGGAUACCAGGACGACCCCUUUGUAUCGGUCGCUACGUACACCGCUGGCAGCGAGUACUCAAUGUCCCUCGAUGGGAGUGCUACUCACGGUGGUGGCUCCUGCCAACUAGCUUUGUCCUACGACACCGGAAAGACUUUCACCGUCAUCAAGUCCAUUGAAGGUGGCUGCCCGUUGACAUCCAACUAUACAUUCACUGUGCCUUCUGAUGCUCCUUCUGGCAAUGCUCUCUUUUCAUGGACAUGGUUUAACAAAAUCGGAAACCGUGAGAUGUACAUGAACUGUGCCCAGGUUACCAUUGACGGGGGUGCCAGCAAGCGUACUCAUGCUCGAGACAUGAAAGUCAGCCGCGCGGAUGUUGGAUUCAGCUCUCGCCCGCCAAUUUUUAUUGCCAAUGUAGACGGUCCAGGUGGAUGCACUACAACUUCUAGCGAGGAGGUCAACUUCCCUGAACCUGGUCCCGAUGUUGAGGGCAGCGUGGAUGGAACCGGAUAUACAUGCUCUGGCUCAGCCGACUUCCUGGGCAACGGCGGUUCUUCAUCUUCCAGCGGAACAUCUUCUGGUUCUUCAAGUUCUAGCUCCUCUAGUACGUCCACAGCUGCUUCCCAAGUCCCUCAUUCCAGCUCUAGUACCAAAGCGAGUGCUAGCACUACUUCUUCCACGUCGAGCAAAGACAGCAGCAAGGCGGUGAACGCCACCGUCGCUCCCAAAAUUGUCAGCACAGGCGCCACAGAGGAUACGCAAGCCUGCUCCAAUAACGGAGCAAUCGUAUGCGGUUCUGACGGCAAUACUUGGUCCAUGUGUAGCCAGGGACGUCUGGCAAACAUGGGUUCGGUAGCUUCUGGAACCAUUUGCGAGAACGGGGCCAUUACUCGCAAGGUCUAG